AUGCGAGAGUCAAAUUACACCUUCCCCCCUCAAAACAGAGCAGUCACCAACAUCACUCAUUUGAUAUAUGACAGAAGAGCACUCGACACAAACAGUCCCCUUGCCUUACUUAACAGUCUGACCUCCUUGACGUAUCUAACUUCCACUUCUCCUCGUAUCCGGGAAAUCCUCACCGUCGAUGGUGGUCUCGAGCGACUUCUAGACAUACUGCGUGACUCGUGUCUGCCCAAAGAAACAUCUCUCCAACAAGAUCUGUGGGGCUUGAACGGCCCAUCAACAGCCCGGGUGAUCACUGUCGACAGAGCGAACUCAUUACGACACAGUCUAGCAUUUCAAUGUGUGGUGAAUAUCGGUGUGAGAGGGAGUGAAGAGAUUAGAACGAGAGUGGUUCAGUCUGGUGCAUUGGACCUGGUAGCCCAAAUAUUAGAAAGCUGGUUGAAAGAUCAUGGCGUUUCCAUUUUCUCCGGUCAUUUAGGAAGUCAAGCUGCCGUAGAUGCUGCCGCCGCUGGAUUACCUGUCCCUGGAACAGAGAAUAUAAAGAAAAGAGAAAGGGCAGAAAGAGCAGAGAGAGGUGAAAGACCACAUCGUCAUCAUAGCAGAUCACAUAAUACUCAACCACAAUCAAGUAUAGAAGGUCAUCCGGCAAAUACUGCUAAUACUGGAACUUCUGGUUUAGCUAAUUUCACAAAUCAAGCUGCUGCCGCACUUGGUUUUAAUCUAAACAUAUCAGCAUGGACGGAUCAACCUCCACAAGCUUCCACACCUCAAGAAUCCCUUCAGGGAGACACGGACGUCGAUAUGGCUGAUGCAGAAGGUGGAGAAACCGAUGAUGCUUCAGUUGAUGCGGACGAUGCUAGCAUAGACGUAGAUGGAAGAGAAGAAGAAAUAGCUCCACCUUCUACUACACCUCGAGCAUCAACAAGUCUUCUACCAAUGACUAUUCCCCCUCGACCUAUCGUUCGUGAAACGCAAAGUCAAAUAUCUAGCGCAGACGCGUCUUUAUCAGCCGAUGAACCUAAUACAAUCCCUCGAAAUACAUCGGAGAGCAACAUCGCCGCCGCAGCUCAAGGUCUACGUCCCGCUCCUCUAAACUUAUCUUCUCGAGCUCCUCAACUUGCUCAAGACCCAACCAGUACGCAAUCCAGCCCUAUAGGUACUCCGACGCGUCACGCGCAUGAGGGAGUAGAAGAUUCGCGCAGGACCGGAAGGAGAGGUACUAUAGUCGCUCGACCGGGAAAUUUGGCGCCUCGAAAUGACAGAGAAAGGGAAAGAAGGAGAGAUCACACAGCUGGAAGUGGAACAUCGGAUGGUGGAGAAGAUAUCGACCUCCCAACAGCAACUAUAGUAGCAGGUAUCGCACAAGCUGCUGCCAAUGCCCAAAUGGACAACAAUGGCACUGUAGCACCGGAAGAGUCUGCAACUGCAGUAGAAAUCGUGGAAACGAAUCACCGACAGGAAUUAGAUGAGCCCGAUCCGGAGGAGAUCGCUGCUGAACAAGCCAGACUAGAUAUGGAAGCUGGGGCACCACCAGGUCAGCCUGGCGCUGUUCAAACGCCUCGAGUCACCCCAGGGGAGGCCCCCACACCUCGUCAAGCACCAGGUGAAACAGCUCCUGCCAAUACACCCGAUCAAGCAGCUAUAAUCAUCGCGAAUAGUGCACCAAGAGGAUUCCACGAUCUAGGCAGUUAUGUUGGAAUCAGCUCAUUACUCAAUCCAGACGGCAAUCGAUAUUCCGAUGAUAGUAUCCUUCUCGCUCUUCAACUUCUCGCUUAUCUAUCGAAGUAUCCCCAUGUUCGAACAGCUUUCCAUCAUCCCCGACGACCAAUGCACGCAACAUUCGAAAUAGGUCUGGAUAAUCUAGUGAAUCCCCUACCUACAAGACCAGCUUACUCACAAACUCCCGAUAUCUUCUCACUCGUCGAGAGAUUCACCUUCCGACCUUCUCCUUCCGAUCCACUGUUUUUCAAGGUACCUCAGGAAAUCCAAUACUGGGCAGGAGUGAUAAUGCGUAAUGCCUGUCGAAAGGAUGAAGCUAGAGGUGGAAUCAGACAGUGUGCAAAUAUGUCAUGCGGAAAGUGGGAGAACUUCCCAAGAGAAUUUGCCAAAUGUAGAAGAUGUAGAAAAGCGAAAUAUUGCAGUAAAGAAUGUCAGAGCAGGGCAUGGCAAGAAGGUCACAGAUUCUGGUGUAGUUCCAGAACCGAUCAAGAACCAGGUUCGGCCGCGGCUGAAGGAACCGGUGGAUUCCCCUCCGAUGCUCGAGCAAUACCUACAGAAACAGGACCAGACGAUGAAGACGAAUACCAACUUAGUAUGCAGAUGGGAUUAUCGCCCGAAGUGGUCAAUCGAGCUAUCGCAGCAGCAAGGGCCGCUGGUAUAAUACGUGGAACGCGGAAUGAUACACCGGCAGACGAGUCGCCUCGUCAAGGACGGGGAGAAGCUACCGCUGAUCUUGGAUUUACGGACCCCCACGGUGGUGGGAACGCACGACAUCAAGCACAGCUUCGAACACUUGCUCCCACCCAACCACAGCCUCAUGCGCACGCCAAUCUGAUCGAAGGGGAUGCCGCCAGACAGCUGAUGGAAGAAGUGAUAUUUGACGGUAGAAGAAUGGUUCAAACAGAACAUCCUAAUCCCCGAAAUGGAAGAGAGAGAAAUCCUUCACCUAGAGCAGCUGAAACAUGGCGCAGAUUUCAAAACGUCGGCGCUCUACUAGGUCUGAGAAAUGAUAACAACCAACACUCCCCUCAGACGGCUACUACCACCAAUAACCAAUGGGCAAAUGAGACUAUCAGAGGUGGACCUUCGAGAACGAACCAACAAGGUGAAACUAGGAGAGGCAGUCAAAAUGGUGUGACAGGUUUAGGAUUCAAUCUUGCUGAUCAGGGUCGGCGAUGA